AUGCUUCUUCAGCUCGUGGCCUUUGAGCAGGUGCGUGAGAUCUGGCAGAUGCUCCAGCAGUGCGGCCUCAAGCAUCGCCUGGCUUGGGAGGACGUUGUCCUUGAGGCGAAGCAUGUGGCGCUGACCAAAGACAUCGAGAUGUCAAGAGUUCUCUUCCAGUACGUCAGCGAGAAUUGUGGAUGUCUUCUUGGAGACAGAGCCACAGCAUUGAAGCAGCUUCAAGGUAUCAAAUGGGUAAAGGCACAUGGCCUCGAAGAUCCACAGCAGAUGCCGGGUUCCGCUGCUCCUUGUUUGGAGGCGCCUUCGCAGCUUUUCCCUGCCGAGUCCCAAGGUGUGGUCGGGGCGGUGUGUCCUACUAUGCACAAGACGCUGCCUCCAUCGGCAGUUGUGUCGGCCCAUCGGAAGCUUGAAGCAGAACCCCAGGUGCUUCUGCUGCAUCGAGACACAUGUCGUUUCUUUGACGUAUCCGCUUGGUUCAUGAUAGACGUGCUCAUCCAGCAGCUUCGCAAGUUGACACAUGCGGCCCCGCCAUGUGAAGACAGCUUGCGCUCAGCAGAAACGUUCCAGUUUCCGCGAGCGGCCUCGGAAAGAUUGACUCAAGACAUUGAGAGGGUGUUCCAAGCCCUCCAAAAGCUGGACAAGGCCGUUCUUGCUGGCCUGUCUGAGCGAAUGAAGAGUGAGGUUCUGUGGCCAUGCGAGUCAGCUCAUGGGGAUAUGGAGUCCGAGCUCUACUCGUGGGGUCAUACGGCUCUGAAUCCGAAUCAAAGCAGCAAAUUGCUGCGUCCCGUUGCUGGCAAGAUCCGUGGCCUUGCAGCAAGAGACGUGGCACGAUCCUUAGGUCUACCCGAGGUGACAGUGAAGCAUGUCUUCAUCGAUGAUGCUCCAUGGUCGCGCAGUGAAGAGGUUGAGCUUCUGCACAGCAGGAUCUCUGAGGAAGCUGGCAGAAGCCUUGGCUGCACGUCUUUACGUGCAAAGCUGGCCGAACGCUGCGAGGCAGACCAGCUGGAGUCUGAUGGCUUUGGUCAAGAACCAGACCUAGUCGGUCAAGUCGCACAACUCCUCAAGGACUACGGCCGUCAGAGCGAUGUCGUCUCCGAGUUUGUACAGAACUCUGAUGACUUCGGAGCCAGCGAGCUGCACUUCUUCUUGGAUGCCCGAGAAUACGGCUGUGGAGAGAUGCCCGGGCUUCUCAGGAUCGUGGACAGGCGGUGCAGCGACUUGCAGGGUGCAGCCUUGUACAUCUGCUCCGACAAGCCGCUGGGCCGCGAAGACAUCCGCCGCAUGCAGCAGGUCAACCGAUCGGAGAAGCGCCUGGAUUUCUUAUCUUGCGGCCGCUUUGGUGUGGGUAUGAACGUCAUGUACCGUUACUCCGACUGCCCCCUUCUCCUGGCAAAUGGGCGCCUGCAUUUCUUUGACCUCACUCGAGGCUACGUGGCGCAUGAAGGACAGAAGCGGGGGAAGCAGUUCAACGUGCAGCAUCUGCAGCAGGAUUUUCCAGACACAUGGCUCCCGUUCAGAGAGCUUAGCGCACGCUUUCCAGUGAUUUUCCGCCUUCCUUUGCGCAAGGGGCCGUCAGCUCUGGCAAGUGCAGUGAGUGAAGAUGAUGUACGAGAGAAGAUGGGAGAAGUUAUGCGCUCCAGCGGUGCUGGAAUGCUUCUCUUCUGCAAGUCUUUGGAGUCUCUGACCUUCACAGAUUUGGCAUCUGAAGCCUGCAUCCGUCAUCGUGUGGAGUACCGAGACCCUUCUCACAAGGAGAUGCAAAGGUCUUUCUUCCGCAGGCUCGUGCCAGAACCAGAUGCGCACCCAGCACAGGCGCUGGACGAAGACGUCAGCGUGUCUCUGAGAAAGUCCAUCUCGACCAGUGAGGGUAGCAGCCAACAAAUGCAGGAGUGGGCUAUCGUACAUCGUGCCACAGGUUCCGAUGAGGAGUUGCGCCUUUUGUCAGCAGAGUUUUACAACCAAGACCACGGAUUUGCGGUACUGCCCUACGCAUCGGCGGCCGUGCGAACGGAUGUAGACCAUGGCACCGAAGGCGAUGGCUACAUCUGCUGCGGCUUGCCCACUCCCGAGCGCAGCGGAUCCCCGGCCUGGAUCAACGGGAGCUUCGUUUUCACAUCCUCCCGAAAGCACUUCCCUCUCCCCGAAGCUUCCGACCAAAGCCCCGAGAAGAGGUGGAAUCUCAAGCUUCUUCAGGGCCCAGCAGCGUGGUGUUUGAAGGAGUUGCUCCUGGUCCGCCAGGACAGGGUAGCCACCUUGGCAGAUCUGGACGCAUACUUCAGUCUUUUGCCGGACGAGUGGACAAGCUCGGCGAGGAAGCCACCAUCGAUUUUGGCCGAGUAUGCCUUGAGGGCGGGCUUGCACGAUGCGAUAUUUCCAGAGGUCUUCUUCACUGUCGCCUCUGAGGUUUCGGUGAGGUGGGUUCGGGGGCCCGCCAUAACCCUGACGGCAGAGCCCGAGAAGUUGCCUCAAACGCUCCAGGCGCGUCUUGCAGCUGAUGGGCUGCAGCUGGUGCACUUGCCCCCUCACGUUCGGACAUUGUACGGAGCCAUCCGGGCCCCGUGUGAGGUGGAGGUCCUUUCUGCUGCUCAGCUUUGCAGAUUUUUGCAGGAUCUGUGGCGGCGGAGGGGUCACCAGACAAGCGUGCACCUCAACCAGACAGGGGCUGUUGCGCUUGGGGCGAAAUCUCAAGUUCUGCAGUUGCUGGCUUUCGUGCAGCAAGAGGACUGGCAGAGCCGCAUUCAGCGGCAAGCCGUCCCAGAAGUGCACACUUGCGAUCAUCUGCUCAAUGUGCCGCUGCUUCUGCUUGCGGAUGAGCGCCUGUGCACAUUUGGGACCCGAGCCUUCAAGUCAGGGCACGGCCUGCUGCCGCAAAACCAGGAGCUUUUCGUACACAAGGACGCCUUACACGUGCUCCGGGACAUCCCGUUGGCCCUGCCUGAUGUUCGCACUAGAGUGAAGGUCGAGCCCAUCAGUUUGCGAAGGCUCCGGAUUGCGGAUCUGUGGCAAUACCGAGAAGGUCUCGAGGCAGCGAUGGCUGUCCAACCAAAGUGGGCUGAGAACACGUUGCUGAAGGAUCUUUGGAGUCUUAUGCAUGACGAAGCCAAAGAUCGAGCCAUUGGGGCCCGGAGAGUUAUGGAGGCUGUUUGGGAUUGGAGAAUCUUCCCGGUGCUGGGAGCCCCAGGACCGCAGCUAGCCACGCUGGGCACCCAUGCCAGCUGGACCCUAUGGCCCAGUGCAGAUUUUUCCAAAGUUUCUGGGGCUUGCGCCCGCCUCGACUUCUGCUGGCUGCAGCACGAUUUUGCCGAAUCUGAGUGCAGCUGGAUGGUGGGCGCCCAGAUCAUCUCCAAGCCAAGGCAACUCCUGGAGCGACUCGUGGACUUGCAGGGCCAGUCUGGCCUGGACCGUCUUUGUGGAAGAGACCGUCACGAUCUACUUGCUUUCCUUGCCGUCCUGUGGAUGCAGGGCGAAGAACCCAUCAAAGAGAUGGUGAGCAAGUUGCCGCUCUUCAAGCUGGCCAUGUCACGCUCAGCCUUCACACCGCUUGGCGGCACGACCCACUACUGCUGCAUAGAACCCACGAGCCCGGGCAUCGCUGAAGUGGAAGCGGUGGCUGUUGCCGGUACCAUGCUCCUCGCGUGGCCGACCCAGCAGACGGAGCCGAUCUACAAGCACUGUGGAGUCAGUCUCUACCAUGCUGAGGGGUACGUGCGGAAGUACAUCCUUCCAGUGCUUCCUGAGCUCAUCGUCGGCCCGAGUUCAGAGAGAGCGUGGGAUGCUUUGCACAAGUUCGUCGUGCAGCUGGAGAUGGCCAGUUUGAUUGAGGAGUGCAAAAAAAGUGCUUUUGUCGGCACCCGAUCGGGCCCGCUUCGGAAGCCCGAAGACAUCUUGGACUGGCAGAAAUCGCCACUUGCAGGCUGCUUCGAGCAUGUCCUGCUUGAGCACCUGCCCAGGAGUGACCUUCAGGCCGAUGCCCGUAAAGUUGAAGUUCUGAGAAGACUCGGCCUGAGCACGGCUCCAAGCACCGGUGUCUUGCACGCCUGUGGACGACAUUUGGAGCAGCUUGCUGGAGGGCAGAUCGACAAGAGGGUGCAGGAGAUGUCGCACCAUUUGGUGGAGGCUCUUUGCCGUGCGAUUUCUCUAGAGCUGUCGCAGCCGUCCCAGCCCAGCUUGAUGGCGCCCCUUGUCGAGAUUGCAAAGAGGAGGAUUCUGCUUGUUCGCACUCUGUGCCCCGAUGCUGACAUUCGACAGCAGUGCCAGCUGCUGUUGGACCAAAGCCAGAUGGCCUUCAGGCAGGAAGCAGCGCUUGAGCUGGGCAGCUUUGACGGCGCCGCCUUCGCCACGGCACAGGCUGUGCUGUGGAGCGUGCAGCCUUCGGCUUGCCACGAGGGGAUGCAGCUUCACCACCUCAUGCAGCAUCACGCAGAAUGGAUGUUCAGCAAUCUGGGAGCUGUCGUGCAAGAGGACCACGCUCCCACAGACCUGGUGCUACAGCACCUCCGCAACCUGCGUUCACUGGCGCCUGCCGACGGCGAGUAUGUCGUGAAUAGCACCAGUGCCAUGUGGGCUCAGCUCAAUGCUUGCAGGGAUCUAGUCUCCAAGGAGUUGCAGAAGAAUCCUUCGCUCGACCUGGGCCUCCUGGACGAGGCUCACUGCGUCACCGUGACAUUUCACGAUGCGGCGAACCUUCCAGAAGAAGAGGCUCGCCACUUGUUCAAGCCCAGGAGAUGCUUCUCUGGUCGCUUUGCCUAUUGGGAGUUCAACCGACUUCUCCUCCAAGCGGUUGGCGACUUUGACAGCCUCUAUGCCAAGCUGGGAGUGCGGAACGAACCAACGCAGGAGGACUUUGCGUACGUGACCGCUGAAGUUGCCAAGCAGGUGGACGCUGCUACUUGUACGACCAACCUCUGGCUCCACGAUCGUCUUCUGGCGUCAUGCCUCCGCGCAUGGUGCGAGUCUCUGCCGGCAGAUGCAGACAGGUCCUCGAUACAGGAGCUGUACAUUCGGCGACAGGGCAGUGAACCAGUUCUGUGUCCAGCAUCCCAGCUUUGCUGGGCAGACGUCCCUGAGUGGGAAGAAAGAUGUCAGUCUGCUGGGAUUGAUUUCUGCAGCACCACAUUCGCCUUGGAAAGGCCAUUCUUCUUGCGGAGGCUCAGUGGCCGUGGGAAGUCAGCGUCCCUGCUUGCAAGAGAGAUUCUGGGAAUGCUGGCCGACCGAGCCGGGCUCCAGCGCCUCUCAGAUGUCGUAAUGGAGAUGCCGUUGCUUCCUGACAGCCCGACCGCUGCAAGCACCAAGGAAUGCUUGGAGCUGUUUCUGAAGUCCCAAGAGCUCAUGAAAGCAUUGGAGGCAAUCUGGCGACAUCAACAUGAGAGUGACAGUGAUGCAGGACUUGCCGAGUUCGUGGCUGCUGUCCAAGACGGCUUGAACAGGCUUCAAGUUCUGGCAGUGGUUCCUCUGAUUGCGACAGACUUGGUGCGCAAGGCCACGCCUAUGGAAGGGCAAAUCAUUCCUGGCAGCCGCAGAGAUGUGGUUGCCUGCUUCGAUGUGCAGCAGCAGACCCUUGUGGUCAGUGAAGCAGCGUUCAGUUCUGUGAAUGAUGAGAUGACUUUGCAGGGUCUAACUUCCACCGUUUGUCGAGCCAUUCCUCGUCUUUCCGAAGUUACGAGAACGGAGUUGGGCACCCUUGCACUGAGAUCUGUCAUGCAAUGUUCGCUUGCUGGAGGACCACAGGCUCUCUGUGCAGCCUUGCAGAAGCUGGGUAUUCACUCGGAUCUUCCUGAAACCGGUUCGGUGCAGCCCAGGCCAGGCGACUUGCUUCCUGAUGAGGUCGUCGAUGAGCUCGUGCAGUCCAUGAGCCAAGGUUUCGAAGCUCAUUGCUACGUGGCCGUCCGCAUCCAGGACAGGUACUACCUCGGUGUGAUUCAAGAGUGGGUACCCUCAUCGAGUGUUCCGAGUGUGCUAGCCGAGUCCUUGACGCGCUUAUACAGGGUCAUCUUAGGCGCUGGAGAUGUCAGAGAUGUGCGUCACAUGGAUCUCUUCAACAUCAAGGGGCAACGCCGACUUGGCACAGAAUUCGUACACGUUUCUUCCGAGCCUCGUGCUCAGACUGGAGAUGCUGCGGAGAGCGAUGUCCUACUUGGAGAAGCCCAACAUUUGCGCGAGCUGGAGCUGGUGAAACACCAGCUCCGACAAAUGUCAGUGCUUGGCCCAGAUGAUUACAGGCAUGGUUUGCGCCGACUUUUCUUGACAUGGCAUCCGGACAGGGCAGGGAACACCGCCUUUGCCAAUAUGAUGUUCCGGAUGAUCAAGAGGCAUGGUGAUUGGUAUCGAGACGGCCAGCCAGGAGACGACUCCUGGCUUGAUGAGUACGGUGUUCCGAGUGCCGGUCACCAGCACGAGCCUGAUCCAAUCCCGACACAGGAUCCUGGUGCCCGGCAGCCCCGCAGCGAGAGAUCAGCCCAGGCCUCCUGGUUUGACGAGUUCGAGGCGGAGCGCGCUCAGAGGGAAGUAGCGCGCUCCGAAAGGAACCAUACCCAUCAGACGACAUUCGUACCGCAGCCGGCCUGGUCGCCUCCUUGGAAAGUAGACCCACAAGCUGCUGCCGACUGGCUACAGCAGGCAGAAUAUGGGCUCCUCACCAUGCAGACGCUGCGCACAAACCCCGCUCUCCAUUCACCCGUGGUAUUUCAUGGACAGCAGGUCGUUGAGAUGUCGCUGAAGAGCGCCAUGCUGCGUACCUGCGGCCUCACCCCGGAAGAACUAACAGGGGCGACCUCGCAUGAUUUGGCAAGCUUCCAUGCCCGACUGCUUAGGGCGACUCCAAGCACCGAGGCGCAGAAAGAGGCCAUCGAGGUGAUGCCAGGCUCCCAAGAGGACAUGAUCUGGUUCAAGCGCGCGUACUUGGCAGCGAGGUAUCCGAAUGCGUGUACAGAAGGGACCUUGCCCGCCCACGAGUAUGAGGAAGAUGAUGCCGCACGCGCUAUGGAGUUGGCGGAGGACUUCUUUAAGUGGUCCAAAGAUCUCUCAGCCUUGCCCACUCCUGAGCAAGUGCGAGCCAGAAGGCUCACUUUGCUGGAAGGGCAGGAUGAGGAGCCGCCUGCACCCUUUGAAUUCCCACAGCCGACUAUGCCGACCACGACUUUUUCGCCUUUACCCCGACCAGCCCAGCAGCAAGUGGCAGACAACCUGCCGCCUCCGGAUCACCUGACCAAUCGAGCGCCUGCACCGCCUGCCGCCGUUGAAGGAACGACGGCAAGCAGAGCGCUCUCCAACGGCGUGAGCGGGAGCAUUUGCGAUUCUUGA